CGCCCCAGAAGUGAGCACAAGAACUGACCACUGAACGACAAUAUAUAAACUCGGUGAAAGAGGGCUGACAAUAGCCACUUUCUUCUCUGCCUUGACAAAGAAGCCACCAGCAAUGAAACUCCACGCUGCAGCUAUCCUCGUCAUCUUCUGCCUUGGCAUCUUCACUGUGCACACGGUGAAAGGAAGUGUUGGAAGUCAGUCCAUGCGCAAAUACAGUUGUGUAAAUCUGUCUACACAGCAACUGAACAUCCGAAACCUUAUCGGCUAUGAAAUGCACAGAGUUCCAGUACAAGCUGUCAUGUUUAUCAACACAAAAGGUAUCAGGAUCUGCGUAAGCCCGAAUCAGAAAUGGGUGCAGUCUGCCAUAAGGAGAAUAGACAGAGCACGUACCACCAGAGGCAAAUAAUCCUGUCCUAGGCAAGAAUCUAAGGCCAACUAAAUGGAAUCAUCAUCAGUGCUGCAUGUAACAGGGAAGAAACCUUAGCAUCUGCUUUUAAUUCCUAUUUAUAAAUUGGCAAUAAAACCUCUGAACAAACACAAACUCAUCAGAAUCUGAUCAUCACUAGUUGAAUGUCUGCUGGUUUCUUUGUUUUAUAGCUGGACUCUGUUACACUGUUUAUUUUCUGAAAUGCUUGCUAAUAUUUAUUUACAACUGAAUGUAAAUAUCUUCUGAACCUCGCUGUCCUGACCAGUGUGGUAUUUAAGGGUGAAUGGAAGAUAGUUUCAUAUACUGUAGGGAAGAAGAUGACCUCCCACAGAGCUGGAUGAGUGUAGACCUCCAUCCUGAUGGAGGUCAGAAUGUUCUGCACCGAGUGCUGGGUUUGAGAAGGUGUUAUAUAAUUUAAUAGUUACUCAUACCUCUAUGAUCUAUAAGUAAACUAAUCGCACGCUUCAGGCUAUCACCUGAUCAGUGCAAUAUUCAGAAGAAGAUCCUUGGGCUUUCUAUUAUUCUACAUAGUAUUGCACCAUUAGCUCAGUCCACGAUGAUGUAUGGAUACUCUCACUGAGGGAUGACCUGGAGUAAUUCAGGGUAACUCCAUGAAUGUAACCCUAUUCAGUCUUGUACUGGGGAAGACUUACUCUGUCCACUGACUUCUAUGAAGUUACUUCAGUUUCACCCUCACGUGAGACAAACCUGAAACAACUGUUUUACUUUUUCCUUUGCUUUUCUCUGAAUAAGCAAGAACAAACCAUGCCUAAAAUCUGUAUUUCACAAACUCAUAGGAACUCCAUGCCCUAAAGAACUAUGUAUACAUAAAUGUCUUAUAUUUUUAAAAUUUAUAAUUUCUACU